GUUCAGCGCAUUGGCAAUGUAAUCCCAGGUACGACAGGAACUGGCGAUCAGUUCCGUUUCGGGCAGCAGCCAAGUUGCAUCGCAAGCAGCCGUGCCGAUAACAACCAACCAUGUCGAAGUUUGCGGCCUAUCCCGUGGACAAGAACGUGAAGCAGUACGACGAGUACAAGUUCACCCUGCCCCAGGUGUACCGUGAGGUGGCCAAAGAGGAACUGCGCGAGGAUGACGCCGUGCGUGAGAAAGCACUCGGCGAAAUGCGCACCUGGAUCGUGAACAAUCCGCACAUCCGCAAGUGUCGCAUGGAUGCAAAGUUCUUGCUGCGGUUCCUGCGCUUCCGGCAGUUCUCCGUACCGAUGGCUUGCGAAGCGCUGGAGCAGUAUUUGACGAUGCGCGAAAUGUAUCCGAGCUGGUUCAAGAAGCUGGACAGCAGCAGUGAAAAAAUGAAGGAACUGUUCCUGUGCGGUGCUACCUCGAUUGUGGGGCAGGACAGCAACGGUCGCACGGUGGUGUUCUUCCGCAUCGCACGCUUCGUGCCGGAGAUGUUCGAACCACCGACCGGUGGGGUGUUUAUUGCGCUGCUGAUCGAGGCCAUGCUCGAAUGGGAGGAGGUACAGAUCGGCGGGCUGCAGGUGAUGGUGGACUAUACCGAUAUGGAUCUGAAGCUGUUCGAGAAGUGGAGCUCGUCCGAGCUGAAGCUGAUCAUGGAAGCUUACACGCGCUGGUACCCGAUGCGGUACCACGAUACGCACGCGGCCAAGCUCCCGAAGAAAGCGUUGCCCGUGAUCGAGAAGAUUCUGUCCUUCACCAACCCGAAGAUCCGGGAACGGAUCAAUUGCUACGCCAACGUGUCCGAGAUGGAGCAACACUUUGAACCUUCGAUGGCACCGAAGGGCUACGGUGGCAGUGUGGAUCUGGAUGGUGACGUGAAUCCGGCCGUGUGGAAACGCAUCGAACAGCAGCGGGAUGUCAUCCUUGGGCUGGAUCGCAUGGAGAUCGAUUACGAUUACUAUGCACCGAUCUGGGACGAACAGAAUGCGGCGCUAGCGAUCGAGACUCCUUCGGUGUGAAGCGUGACGCUAUGCAUUCGUACCCGGAAUAAAUUCGAGCAAUUUGGGGCCA